AUGUCUGAUACAUCAUUUCUAAACGAAUACCAUUUCUUCGCUGCUACCUUCUCUUUCAACGAUGGAGAAUUUCCAGACACAUGUAACAUCAUGGCGCCUGGGUUAGACUCUCAUCUCGACGGGCACAGCUCGAUAGACUUAGCAACAUUCGAUCCGGACCACUACUUGAAUGCAACCAUGCACCACGAUGUUGCCGACAACAGCCUGGCAGCUACAUUCGAUACGGCGAAGGGAGAUAACAACGACGACUACCACCUUCCGACGACGCUCAGGGACGACCAAGACACCCAGUUGGAUUUGUCGUUCAAUAUGCCGCCGCUAACUUGCAGCGCGGGCUGGGACGAAAAUAUCGCUACGUGGCCUGACGACUUGUUUGGCGCUACUAUCAACGAUGUUUACCCCAGUCCGAGCGAGACGAACAGCUGCGAACCCACCGAUGUUGAAGACGAUUGGGUCCCUCAGGAUGUCUACCAGAUGGGGUUUCAAGAUGAGAAUGGCGACUGGAGGUGUAGCUACGCUGGAUGUCGGUCCCUUACGGUAUUCGAGCGUGCCUGCGAUCUCCGAAAGCACCAUUCAACACAUACCAGGCUUUCUUCUGUCCGCGCCCCGAAUGUGCGUCCUCUGGUAUUGGCUUCGCAUACCACAAGGACUACAGACGUCAUCUUCGCUCCCAUGAACCAAUCAUUCCUUGUCCCUACGCCUUGUGUGGCAGGGUUUUCAGCCGAAUGGAUAACAUGGUGA